ACUCCUCCUCCUCCUCCUCCUCUUACGCACAUGGACACAGGCUCCUCGGCCAAAGACAAACACUCACCGCGCGGCUCCUGCACCGGGAACCGUCCCCGUGCCGCCCGGCGGGACCUCAUCACGGAAGCUGCUCGGUGGCUCUAUGUUCUCCUCUUUUUUAUUUUUUAUUAAAAAUUAAAAAGUAGUUUGAGUGACACCGACCUGCUGCACGAGGAAGAGCCGCCGCUCUCUGGACUUAUCUCUUCUUCUUCUUCAUCUUCUUCUUCUUCUUCUUCUUCUUCUUCUUCUUCUUCUUCUUCUUCGCGUGGUGCGUUUGUGGCCGCUCUGCUCUGCCGGCCCUGGCGGUGCCGCUCACACACUUAUUAAUGCACAAGAAGGAAGACAUUAUUAAAUAUAUUGCACACUGACGGAAUCCUGAAUUAUUACCCCGAGGAGGAGGAGGAGGAGGCGGCACCGGGACAUGCAGCGGGGCUUCUUCCAGAGUUGGUACGUGAACGCACCGCGGCGAGAAGAGGAGGAUACAGGAGGAGGAACUCAUCUCACCUGAGAUCAGGUCGAUCCCGAGGAGAGGAGAAUCUGCGCGUUAUUGAUGAAUCCAUCAUUAUGAAUAAUGAGGCUGUGACGCUUCUCAUUGGCUGAUGAGGCGCAGUUUGGGGAACACGUGUCCAAUUCGUCCCUCACAUUUUUUCCUCUCUAAUCUGGAUUUCUAACAGAAAAGGAAAAACAAAAUACAUUUUUUUUAAAAAUUAAAGCAACAUUGUGGCUGCGCCGCGCCACUGCGCACCUCUCCCGGCGCAGCCUCUGAUGGACAUCUUGGCUUGCAGAUCCGAGCAGAACAUUUACAACAUCCCCCCCCCGGCGGCGGCGAUGCUGUUCCACGGCCUCCCGGGAGGCGACGGCCACGGAGUGGUGGAGGAGAUGGAGCGGCGGGGGAAGAGCGAGUCGGCGGCCAUCAGCUCGGCCAUCGGCAUGGGGGAGACGGACACGUCCAUGCCGUGCCUGCCCGGAGAGCGCGUGGCCCUGUGCGCGGGCUGCGGCCGGAAGAUCUCGGACCGGUUCUACCUGCUGGCCGUGGACAAGCAGUGGCACAUGCGCUGCCUCAAGUGCUGCGAGUGCAAACUGAACCUGGAGUCCGAGCUCACGUGCUUCAGCAAGGACGGCAGCAUCUACUGCAAGGAGGACUACUACAGAAGAUUUUCGGUGCAGCGGUGCGCGCGCUGCCACCUCGGGAUCUCGGCCUCGGAGAUGGUGAUGCGUGCGCGCGACCUGGUGUACCACCUCAACUGCUUCACGUGCACGGCGUGCAGCGCGAUGCUGAGCACCGGGGACCACUUCGGCAUGAAGGACAGCCUGGUGUACUGCAGGGGCCACUUCGAGGCCCUGCUGCAGGGAGACUACCACUCGCACUUUAGCCACGCGGACGUGGCCCCGCACAAAGGCCUGCAGGGCCCCGCGGGGCCCCUCGGACUAGCCUACUUCAACGGCGUGGGCACCGUGCAGAAGGGCCGGCCCCGGAAGAGGAAGAGCCCGGGGCCCGGGGCCGAGCUGGCGGCCUACAACGCAGCCCUGAGCUGCAAUGAGAAUGAGGCCGAGUCCCUGGACUCCCAGUUCUCCUCGAGCCAGAAGACGAAGCGCAUGCGGACGUCCUUCAAGCACCACCAGCUGAGGACCAUGAAGAGCUACUUCGCCAUCAACCACAACCCCGACGCCAAGGACCUGAAGCAGCUGGCGCAGAAGACGGGCCUCACCAAGAGGGUCCUGCAGGUGUGGUUCCAGAACGCUCGGGCCAAGUUCCGGAGGAACCUGCUGCGGCAGGAGAGCGGCGGCGGCGGCGUGGACAAGGCGUCGGACGGCUCCACGCUGCCCGGCCCGGCCUCGGACCUCUCCAACGCCUCCAUGAGCCCCGCCAGCACCCCCACCACCCUCACAGACUUGAGCAACCCCACCAUGCCCACCGUCACCUCCGUGCUCAGCUCGGUGCCGGGCGGCGGCGGCAUGGACGCGCACGAGUGCCGGAGCCCAUCACAGACCACACUGACGAGCCUCUUCUGAUGGAAGCCCCGCCCCCCCCCACUGGAUCUAACACUGACCGCUGUUGACUCCUUCCGUUAGCAAAGAGAACAGAAGCAUUCGUGAACACGUGACGCUGCGCUGAGCCCCGGUGGAGACAGUCGGCGUUGCGGCCGAGUCGCCGUUACUUUGAUGUUGUUGUCGUGUCGAGAACUGAAGAGACUUGAUUUACAUUUUUUCAAUGUUUACAGAAAAGAGACUCCGGGCGGGAGGAAAGAAAACGGCUUCGUUUUUAAUCCAUUCUUUUUUUUUCUUCCAGCACAGUAUUUAUGUUGUACAAGAGUCACUGUUAGGGAUGUAAAAGAAUCUGCUUUUUUCGGGGAAAAUAUCUGAGAUUAAACCACAGGUUACAAUAUC